UGCAGCCAGUUUGCAUCGAAAGGAGCCAAGUUAAGAAGGACAUUAGGCGGAAAAUAUAUUGAUUUCGAAUCGCUGAUGUCCAACAUUUUUCUUAACAGGUCCAACUACACUCUGAAGGGAUUAACUGUCACACUUGGUUAAAGUCGUGGAAUGGAAUGCUUGUGCGCAUAGUUGAUCCCCUGCAUGUUGUCUGAAGAGUUUGAAGAGGGGAAGUUCAUUAAGCAUGGAUAUGGAAGAAUUCCCCCCACCUCCACCUGAAAUUCUGGAUGAAGAUGAAGGAGAAACCUUUGACUUUGAUGACAGUGGCGAUGACGUCCCUGAGGCAGACCGGCCACCUCCCAACCCCAGCAACGAGGAUCUGAGUCACAGCGACCUUGCGUGUCAUCUGGCAGAGGUUGAUGUCCUUGGUCUGGCCUCCCAAAAUUCUUCCAUCGUACCUGAUGCACCACCAUCACCAGAAGUGUCAGCAUGUAGGUUGAUAGCUGUUGAAGUAGCACCAGAGGUCCAGUCUGCUGUUGAGGGAACUGAUAAGAUUGACAGAUAUUUACCUCUGCCCCCUCCACCUGAGGAUGCAAUUGAAAGUGAUGGUGAAAGAACAGGGAGUGAACAUCAAGAAUUGUCCAGAAUUGUCCAAACAGUUCCGCCUGUUUCCUCCAAAGCCAAUCCCUACUCUGUGAUUGACAUCACUCCGCUUCAGCUGGAGCACCUCGAGCAACACGCAUCCUCCUUCCCUCCGUCUGAACCAGGAGAGCCCAAGGAACAAGUGGGAGAACCCGAGGAUACUCACAGCAGCCCUGGUGGCAUCACCUCAGGCUAUUCCGUACCAGUACCCUGUGGCUAUGCAACUCCAUCUGGCGUACCGCUCAUCACGCCUGCUUACACCACACCUGUCAUCAUUCGACAUCUCUCCGUGGAUGAGGAUGUCACAGUGAUUCGGACUGGGAACAUUUCCACUGACAGUUUUUUCAGUGAAGAUUUUCCACCUAUUAGAGAGGAAGAUGCUUUGGCAAAGUGGGCAUCAGAUCCUGCGAAUACUGCGUGGAUGGAAAAUCCUGACGAAGUGAUUUAUGAUGAUGUUCCCAGGGAGAACUCUGACUCCAACACGGAACCAGAUGAGAUGAUUUAUGACGACGUGGAGCUUGGGGAGGAAGGAGGUUAUCUCGACAACGGCUGGAGCUCAAGCGAAUUUGAAAGCUACGACGAGGCGAGCGAUGGGGAAGGGGGCUCUGAGAAUGGCCUGCCCAAUGCAUUUAUGAGGGGGAAACCUUCACAGACAAAGACUCAUCUGUCUCAAGAUCUGAGCCGUUUGAAAGAACACUAUGAGAAAAAGAUGAAAGAUCUAAUGGCAAAUACAGUGGGAACGGUAGAGCUGCAGCAGCUCAAACAGAAACACGAGCUGAAGAUGCAGAAGUUGGUGAAAGCAGCUAAAGAAGGGACCAAAGAUGGGCUUGAGAAAACCAAAGCUGCAGUUAAAAAGGGACGUUCUUUCAUCAGAACCAAGUCUUUAUGUAAUGAAAGAAAAUCUACCUGUUUUGAAGAUGAGGAGUCCGAAUUCUUCAUUGAGGUAGAUUGUUUCAACGAUGAGCCAAUUCUGGGUCUAGCUCCAGAGGGGCUUUCACAACAACAACUGGUAAGACGAUGUAUAUUGGGCUCUAUCCUGGAGAGUGAAAAGAGCUAUCUUGAUGCAUUGAAGAGAAUAUUAGAGCAAUAUGAAAAGCCACUGUCCCAGAUUGAGCCAAAGUUACUGAGUGACAGGAAACUGAAGAUGACCUUCUAUAGAGUACGGGAGAUCCUGCAGUGCCACUUCCUGUUCCAGAUUGCUCUGGCGAGUCGAGUGGCAGAGUGGGACAGCUUGGCAAUGAUUGGUGAUGUCUUUGUAGCAUCGUUCUCGAAGUCUAUGGUGCUGGAUGCCUACAGUGAAUAUGUGAACAACUUCAGUACAGCAAUGUCAGUAAUAAGAAAGACCUGUGUAUCAAAACCUGGCUUCCUGGAAUUCCUAAAGCAUCGUCAAGAGACAAGCUGUGACAAGAUGACUUUGUAUGGUUUGAUGAUGAAACCAAUCCAGAGGUUUCCACAGUUCAUUCUGCUACUGCAGGACAUGCUCAAAAACACACCAGUAGGCCAUGCAGACCGCCUGCCCCUGCAGAUGGCCUUAACAGAACUUGAGACCCUGGCUGAGAAGCUCAAUGAAAAAAAGAGAGAAGCUGACCAGCGCUGUGAGAUUCGGCACAUUGCAAAGGCUAUGAAUGAACGCUACCUCAAUAAGCUUUUGAGUAACGGUAGCCGCUACCUGAUCCGCUCAGACGACAUGGUAGAGACCGUCUACAAUGAGCGUGGUGAAGUCAUCAAAACAAAGGAGCGACGCCUUUUCCUACUCAACGAUGUCCUCAUGUGUGCCACACCCAAUAUUCGGUGCCAGGACGGCAGUGGUAGUGGUAGUGGGAGUGCCCCAUUUGACCAGCGGUUCCUUUUAAAGUGGAGUGUUCCUUUGAGCCUCGUGGAAGCGUUGGAGUUUGGAUCCAGUGAGGAUAUUCCCGACACCAACCGCUACCCUGGCUCCCAUUCUGGAGAGAAAGUUGUCAUCAACGCAAAGCCAAACAAACUUUACAUGGGCCCAGGUCAGCUGUACCAGGAUCUACAGAACCUAAUCCACGACCUCAGUUUGGUCAACCAGAUCUCUGGCAUGAUCAGCAGUCUCAAAGGAAACUACCAGAAUGUAAACCCCACAGUGGCUCAGGACUGGGUGUCAGGUCUCCAGAGGCUCAUUCUGAAGAAGGAAGAAGAGAUUAGGGCAGCUGACCGCUGUAGGAUCCAACUUCAGCUGCCUGGCAAACAAGACAAGUUGGGUAAAGCCACAUAUUUUAGUGCAGUGUUCAAUACCCUCAACCCAGCCAUCAAACAGUCAUGGAUCAGUAACUUGCAAAUGGCUAAGCUGGCUCUAGAAGAGGACAAUCUUCAGGGCUGGUUCUUUGCAGAAGAUGAUGGAAAUCAAUUGAAAAAGCAGAAACACCCUCUCCUGCUCAAACAGAUGCCCGUGGUCAUGUCUAAACUGCAAGAGUUCAAGGUGGAAUGUGCAGUCCACAACCCAGAACCCUACAUUAACACCGAAAGUACAGCAGACACUCCUGCCAUGGGCCAUGGUUGCAUCUGGGUUGCAAGUUGCACCAACCAGAUGGGGCAAAUAGCCAUCGUUGCCAUGCAGAGCUGCAGCCCAAAGGUGACGGAGUGCUUUAAUGUAGAGUCCCGUAUCCUGUGCAUGGCCUACGUCCCAGCAGAAGAGCCAGAGGAGAAUGAUGACAAAGUUCAAGAAAACAACCAGGUCUCGCCGUCAAAAGCCAGUUUUACACCCACUGUCUGCCUGGGCAUGGAGGAGGGCAGCAUUAUUGUCUACAAAAGUAGCCAGCGAUCCAAGAAAGUGCGCCUGCAGCAGUUCUUCACACCAGACAAAUCCACUGUCACUAGCGUGGCUUACACGAAACGCUGUUUGUAUGCUGGCUUGGUCAGUGGCUCUGUGGCCAUCUACACUAGAUCCCAAGAUGGGUUAUGGAUCUGCGAUAAACCCAAGAUGGUGAAGCUGGGAGUCCUGCCGAUCAAGGCCAUGCUGCCUGUGGAGGAGCACCUCUGGGCUUCGUCGGGGGGCCAGGUCUUCAUCAUUAGCACAGACACACACUGUGUCAAGAGGCAGCUAGAGGCCCAUCAGGAGGAGGGUAUGGUGGUGUCCCACAUGGUGGUGGCAGGGGUGGGCAUCUGGAUCGCCUUCAGCUCAGGUUCCACCUUGCGUCUCUUCCACACUGAGACCCUCGAACACCUGCAGGACAUUAAUAUUGCAACACCCGUCAACAACAUGUUGCCUGGGAACCAGAGAGUGUCAGUGAGCAGUUUGCUGGUUUGCCAUGGUAUGCUGCUUGUUGGAACCAACCUGGGCGUGACUGUGGCCCUUUCUGUCCCCAGACUGCAGGGUAUCCCCAAGGUCACAGGUCGGGGCAUGGUAUCAUUGCAUGCCCACAACGGCCCAGUUAAGUUCCUGACUGCGGCCACAGCGGUGUGUAACCGACCCUCCGGCCUCCCUUGCCCCGCUUCCUCCGUGUCAGCCCAGCCAGUGGAGCCUGAGGAUGGAGAAGGCGCUCUGCCCCCGUUAGACUGCACUUUGACACUGCCUCAGGGCCAAGGAUUGUUGCUGGGAGAGGCAGGCUGUACUACGAUGGCUCUCCAGGACUCACUGUCGUCCUCAUCCUGCGGCUCUUUAGCGCAAUCCCAAGUAUCCUUGGAGCAUGGGCCCGAGGACGGCGCCCUUUAUGACGUGCUCCAUGACCAGGCCCCCCACCACAGCAACCACCGCACCAGCAAAGUGGAUGUCAGCUCUCUCCUGGUGGUUUCUGGAGGUUUAGGCCACCGCAGGGUGAACAAAAAGACCAAACAGUCACGCCAUGAAGACAACACCUCUACCAUCCUGAUCUGGCAGAUCCCCCUGCUCAACAUGUAACGCACCGAUAAACCAAUGAACAAAGCAGGGUUUUAAAAUAAGGGAUAUUUAUCAUACAAAUGGCUCUUGACUUGUUUCAGGCACACAUAAUAUCCAAUUGUGUGUCCCAGAGAAAUGUGGUGUACUGAUUAUGGGCCAAUCGCCAAACAAAGUACAGUGAACGCUUCAUUUAAACCUGGAUGAUGCCCCCACGACAGUAUUCCUGAUGAUAUCUUAGUGCAAGAUAAAUGAAAAGGAACUCUUCUGUAGGAACAGAUUUAAGCUUAACACAGCUAAUAUAUCAGACUUGCCCGCAUUUUUAGUUUGUGUACCUGUACUGUACAAGCCCACGUUAUUAAAACAGCGUAGCGUUGCUUUUUUUUUUUUUAAUGCGAGGUGUGCGAAGUUACAAUGUACGUAGUUGUAUUCCCCCCAAGAUUCAGAUCAGGAUUAAGGAAAUCUGUCAAGACUUGUUGAGUUGUUAUGAGGUUGUCACUGGAUUUCCUAUAAGCAUUUUUGAGGCGAAAUCAAACAAAGGUUCUUUUUGUAAUAUGAAACAUCAUUUUCAUAGAACUAGUCCAGUACCUCCCACUCGUGCGUUUACAAAGAAAAUUCGUAAAAAGGUGAAAUAAUGUUGACUGAUUUACUUUGGAAAGACUGAUAAGAUCCCUGGCUGGCCAGUGUUCUCCACAAGUGGGAGAGUUUUUGCUAUUGACAAGGAAAGUUUUUUUUUUUGUCCAGCCCUAAAUCAUUUUUGUUGCUUGUUUAAGAAUAUUUAUGAGACUGAAAAUGAAAUGUUUGUAUGUAUAGUACUGUGCUUGUGUUGUGGUCUUAAUCAGUAUAUAAAAAGUUGUUUUGU